UCCUAGAAAGCACUCCACUAUGUAUCAAGCAUGAUAAAUACGUCCAAGCCAGAUAACACUAUACACAGCAGUCUAGGAAUCCACGGAUAACAAACAAGCAAUUAUCCAUACCAUGAAAAUCAUGGCUAUGAGAUUCUCUAUCUACAUGCUUCUUGUUCUUUCAGUAUAUUUCAUCUCAAAUUGCCCUGUAAAUUUAGCUCACAGAAAUGAAGAUGACCCUACAAUCAAGACUAUGGAGGAGUUCUCUGGCUACCCAAUUCACGAAUCCCACUUCUUAAACUCCCUAUCUUCACUCUCAGUGGACGCUGAAACUCUGCAGAAGCAGAUUGAUGAGCUUUCAAGUUUCUCGGAUUCACCUGCACCAUCGGUUACUAGGAUCCUGUACAGUGAGAAGGAUGUAUUAUCAAGAAGGUAUAUUAAAAACCUUAUGGAAGCCUCAGGUCUUUCUGUCAGGGAGGAUGCUAUUGGGAACAUCUUUGGUCGGUGGACUGGUUCCGAACCUGAGCUUGCUCCAGUUUCAACAGGUUCUCAUACUGAUGCAAUACCAUAUUCUGGGAAAUAUGAUGGGGUGGUUGGCGUGUUGGGUGCAAUAGAAGCCAUCAAUGUUCUAAAGCGCUCUAGCUUUAAACCUAAAAGGUCGUUGGACGUGAUUAUGUUUACUUCAGAAGAGCCUACAAGAUUUGGAAUCGGCUGUUUAGGAAGCCGUUUAUUGGCAGGAAGCAAGGAACUUGCACAACAGCUUGAAAAGACAGUUGAUGGUCAAAAUGUUUCCUUCUUUUAUGCAGCUAAAUCUGCAGGUUACAUGAAUGUGGAGAAGUUAUCCACUGUCUUUCUGGAGAAGGGAAGCUAUUCUGCUUUUGUAGAAUUGCAUAUAGAGCAAGGUCCUAUUCUUGAAGAAGAAGCAACAUCUAUUGGUAUUGUGACUGCUAUUGCUGCUCCUGCAAGUAUCAAAGUGGACUUUGAGGGCACUGGGGGGCAUGCAGGAGCUGUUCUGAUGCCAAAAAGGAAUGAUGCAGGACUGGCUGCUGCAGAGCUGGCACUUGCUGUGGAGAAACAUGUCUUGGAGUCUGGCUCUAUUGAUACUGUUGGGACAGUUGGUAUUCUGGAGCUUCAUCCUGGAGCAAUUAACAGCAUUCCAAGCAAAUCACACCUGGAAAUAGAUACACGUGACAUUGACGAAGAACGGAGAAAUUCUGUCAUUGAUAAAAUUUAUGAAUCUGCUUUAAGUAUAUCUAAGAGGCGCGGUGUGAAGCUGUCGGAAUACAAAAUCGUGAAUCAAGAUCCCCCUGCCCUCUCUGAUGAGUUAAUAAUUAAGGCAGCAGAAUCAGCAAGCCAAGAGCUGGAGUUGACAUACAAGAAGAUGAUUAGUAGAGCCUAUCAUGAUGCACUGUUCAUGGCGAGAGUAAGUCCAAUGGGCAUGAUAUUUAUACCAUGUUAUAAAGGCUAUAGUCACAAGCCUGAAGAAUUUGCAACCAUCGACCACAUUGCUGACGGGGUCAAAGUUUUAGCACUAACGCUAGCCAAAUUGUCCCUCUCUUGAUGUCUUCAGCUGUAGUUUCGUCUUCUGGCAUCAAAUAAUGUGUAUCUGAAGUAUAUAUGGCAUCUAAUACUUGAAAUCUUGGAAUAAUGUAAUAUUUCUUGUGCAUAUCAUUUCCUUUUCUAACUUUCAUCAAGACACAUUAAUCAGUCAAAACUGGCACAUGAUGAUUUAAGACAUCAAGGCAGUAGCAGCAAAGCA